AGGAGGUAGCCAGCCGGAGCCCCUGCUUGUUGGGUUGGUGGGCCCAGCGCACCGCCUACGGCCUCGACGGGAGCUCAUCUCCUGUGUCUUUCACCCCCUACCCGACAAGGAAAGGCGAGCGCGCAGGCAAUGACCGUUGUCAAACUUGUCGGCCAAUUGGGAGCGGUACCUGGAUUGAGGAGCCAGGCACCCACGACGCUCAUUGGCGUGCCUGGCUUAGCGACGGCUCGGCGCCCUGACGUUUCACUUAUGCACACUGCACACACUGUAAACAGCAUGCUGCACGUGUUGACCAUCCAUUGCCCAGCUGCAGGGGCAAAGCGCAAAAGAUGUGAGCUGUCACAGGCGACCUACCAACAAAGCAGGGUGGCUUGCUGCCGGCCCUCUCCACGGCCUUUGUCGAGCUCACCACCAGCAAACAAAAUGACGGCCGCGCAAUUGCGAUCUCCGCAUCAGCGGACUAGGCGCCCUAGUUGGAGAAACACACAUGCGUGUCCCUCGAUCCUGGUCUUGUCGCCGAGGAUACAAGUGGAGACUAAGUCUUCCAGAACGUCUUCACAAACAGCCGCGUCGGCGCUGCCUGCUCCACCGAAUCGCGCACACCUCAUUUCUCAACAACGAUGGCUUCAGCGGCCACUGAGUUGUGAAGGUGCAGCACAACGCUCAUAACCUGCGACAAGCAGUGCAGCACGACAACUGGACUGGUCCGUCUCAGCAUAAAUGUCCAACCGCCUCUCUUUUUGGGUGUCGUACAAGCUUAGAGCGGCGCAGUGCCUUCGUAUACCGGACCACGCAAUCACCACAGUAGAGUGACGCAAGCAUCGCGUGCAACGUAGUCCAGCUAUCCAUCUCUCCACCGACACCCAUCUGCAGCUGCGCAGUUUCUUGUCCACUCAGCGAUCAGCAAAAAGUGCCGAACGGCCAAAACAUUCUUGGAGCCCCAGUCCUGCCGCCAGCACGAU